AUGCCAACCCGCACGUGCAGCACCUCCGCAUUUCCAGACAUCUCGACAUUUCUCGAGUUCCUCUUCUCUUCUUCACCGCGCCAUGGAGACGACGACAUCGAACCUACAGACUACUUCAGUCCCCGCGACGCUCUCGACGCAACACCCAGCGGGUCCAAAACACCCCCAAGAACAUCAUACUUCUCCAGCGUCUCCGUCCCCAGCACCCCGCCCAUUCUUUCGCAUUCGCGAAGUACAUCCCGCACCCGGCACCACAACCGAAGCAAGAGCUCCAGCCGCGCCACAACAUUCAGCGAUUCAAAUCUACAAUCGCAUACUAGAGACAUCUCUCUCCCACUGCACCAUCAGGGUCACCAUCAGCAUAAGAAAACAUCCAGUUCACCCCAUCUACGCCGACACCAAAGCGAAUACGCUCACAACCAUACCCAUGCCCAAUCCCACACCCCCAAAUCAGACGCAGAAUGGAUGCUCCGCGCCGGAAUAGCCCUCGCCUCCUCGACCCGUGAAGAAAAGGGCCAAAGCUGGCUAUCCAAGCGCGAAAGCUCGACCAGCCUCGUCGCCGAAAUCCCCAUCGACAAUGAAAGCGCACACCAUCGGCACCACCGACGCACGAAGUCCGGGUCUUCGCGCAAGUCUCGGCCUGGAUCUGGUGCGUCGACGCCGGCGGGCGGGAUGAGUCUUUCUAGACGUAGUUCUCGAAAUAGGGGGAUGAGUCGGCGAGGAAGUCGGGCUGGUCUUACUAUGACGAGCAUGCCACUUACCGCUACGACUACUACUACCACUGCGUCGACCUCGUCGAUGGUGGCGGCGGGGCCUGCGGGGGCCGUGGCGCUGGGUAAAAUGUCUAGUCCCGCGGGUGCGAUUACCCCGGAGACACGGGGACGAAGUUCAGCCGAACAAUCGCGAUCAGGUCUCGAGGCUGAUUUUGUGGAUGAGCGGAUUCGGGCGGAGAUGGCUUCGUUGCAGCGGCAGGGUCUGGAUCGAGAUGAAUCUGGAGGUGGAAAUGGAGAUGAUUAUUACGGGGAGGGCUUCGAAGGGGACGAGGAGUACUGGGACGGAGACGAGUAUGGCGAUGAUGGGUCCGAAUAUGAUUAUUCUACCGACGAGACGCCGGAUGAAUUUGACGAAGCUGAUCUGCAGCGACUCACGCGUGAGCGUGGAUUCGGACUGGGAGGUUGGAUUGAUCGACUGGUUGAGUGGACUUUGUUUGGCGUUGAGGAGUGGCCUGCUUCGGGUUCGUCGACUGCGACGCGCAUUGGGACUGCGGCUACUACAACAACUGUGACGUUUGAAGAGGCGCUGCCUGGGAGUGGUACCGAGCAGGAUGAGGGUCAUGAUAAUUUGUCACUGGACUCUAUGGAGUUGGAUCGGUAUUCGGAUAUUGAUACUGUGUCCCAUGCGGAGGGGGACUCGGUUGUUGUUGAGAAGCCUGGGGAGCGGGGUGGAUGGGAGGAUGCGGGUUGGUUGUUCCGGGUUGUAAAGCGUGCCAUCAUUUAA